GGGGGGGGGGACGAACCUCCGGGAAAGCGGGUCUGCGGCAGCCAUGAUACAUUUUAUCCUGCUGUUCAGCCGACAAGGGAAAUUAAGACUUCAAAAAUGGUUUAUUACACUUCCUGAAAAGGAAAAGAAAAAAGUUACCCGAGAAGUUGUGCAGAUUAUUCUGGCUCGAAAUCAAAAAAUGAGCAGCUUUGUUGACUGGAAAGAUCUCAAGCUUGUUUACAAAAGGUAUGCUAGUUUGUAUUUCUGUUGUGCAAUAGAAGAAGAGGAUAAUGAACUCCUGACCCUAGAAGUUGUUCAUCGUUAUGUAGAGCUAUUGGACAGAUAUUUUGGCAAUGUAUGCGAACUGGAUAUUAUUUUCAAUUUUGAGAAAGCAUAUUUUAUGCUUGAUGAAUUUCUAAUGAGUGGGGAAGUUCAAGAAACAUCCAAAAAAUCUGCGGUGAAAGCCAUAGAAGAUGGUGAUAUGUUACAAGAGACAAUGGAAGAAUAUAUGAGCAAGCCUGCCUUUUAAAUCAAAACUACAGAACCAACUAAAGGGACCACGUAAUAUGGCAUAACAUCUCUUAUGUGCCAGAUUUUGUUUAAAAUACACAUUGCCCAAAGUUCUAAUAGUGAUGUUAUUUAUCUAUGCAACUUUCAAGAUGAAAGUCAGCCACAAUCCUGUCAGUAUAGCAGCACAUGUAUAUUAUACUUGAUAUGAGUUUAUUUUAAUUUAAUCUCUUGGCUAUCUAGAUUGAAAGUCUUAUAGCAACUCUCACUAUUAACUUUUUACUUCUAAGAAAUUGUAACUAGAAUUUUUGAAGGAUAUAUUUAUGACUCUGGACCAGUUUCUGAUCAAUUCAAUAUAAUUUUGUAAAAAGAAAAAUGUUAUGUGAUCAUUUCUUCUAUAUUAAUAGUACUUUUACAAAACAUAUGGUGUUGAUAUAUUUAAUUUUUAACUUGCUUUGACAGCAAGUGUCCUGAACUGUAGAUAAUUUAAUACAUCAUAGUCUUUUGUAUUGGGGUAAAUCAUUUUUUUACAAAUUUUACAAAUUUUGCCAAGCAUUCCUUAAUCAGCAUUUCUGCAAGCUAAAAGAGAGCAAUUAUAUUCGAAUUUAGAUUUUUUUUUUUAAUCCUGGCUUUGAGCUUCUUCAGUGAAGCAAUAAAUUGAAAUGCCUGAAUUUUAUCCUUACAGCUGUAGGCCUACAAACAUAUAAAUGCAGUUGUACAAUGGCUAGUGGCUUCCUUGAGUUAUUAGUCAAUUUACUGCAUCAGGGCCUUUUAUAGAUUUGGGAGGUAUGGGGAUUUCAUCUUAUUAGAGAACUCAUUUUUCUAAGGUUUCCCAUGGUGAAAAGUUGUCAUGGAAUCUAACUACCAGUCAGAUUGAAUACUGUAAUCUAAUUAUCUGUACUAUAGUCUGACAAGAUUGGUGGCAUAUAAAUUUAACAAAACAAACAAACAAAGAAACAUUUUCCAAGAACAUCUCCCUUCAACCCUGGACAAUGAAGAGUGAAAAGCAACUUCUCGGAUUAUCAUCAGAUUCUGAUGGUGAAAGCCUAGAAAAUACAAAACUGAAGAAAAUGUUAUAAAAUUCUUGACCACAUGAGGACCACUUCUGUAGCAAUGCACAUGAUGUAACUGUUUACUAAAAUUCAUUUCAAAGGUGACAUUCCUCUAAUUAUGAGAAAUAAUUUGUUUGAGAAAAGAAAAACAGGAGAUUGAGGUUAUGUAAAAAUUACCUUAAAUGAUAGAUCCCUACCAAUGCCAUUAGAAACAUCCAGAGAUGGGGAUGAGAGAGAGCACAAGAUGUUCUGCACCUGUGUUUUGUCCUUCAAUUGGUUUUUUUGGAGGGGACAGAUGAAAAUAAAUCAGUAACAAAAAAGAAUAACAACCGAGUCAGAAGCCAGUAAGGCAGGAUUGCAGAACUUCACCUGGUAUUUCAAAGGAAACAGAUUUGAUCUGCAUCUAUUCAAGUACUCCUGGGAUGAGAGCGCAGUGAUUCCACAUAUUUUUCAUAUUGAUGCUGUUAGCUAAGAAAAAUGCUUCAAGAGGCACAUAAAACUCUGUUUCAGGAUUCAGUCUAUUUAGAAAUGUGUGCUCUGAGGCAAAAUGCCUUCUAAAAGGUGUCCUGGUAUAUGUUUUGUGUGUGUAUUUGUGUCUUUCUAUGUGUGCAUAUAUCCAGAAAUAUCCCUCCCCCACAACACACAUUUUUUUUUGGUAAGAAUUGAACAUCGGUACUUAUUUUUCUUAAAAUGGAAACACAAUAAAAUAAAAUGAAAUCAACGUGAUAAAUUGAACUGAACACACAUAGAAUUAUCAGAAGAGGAAACAUGAAGUCAUCUGUUACCUUUUCAAGUAUACAUUUAUUGGCCCUCACUGGGUUCUGGUUUUUUUCACUCUUCCAAUCAUUGCCCUCCCAAGUUCUUUUCUGCUGCAACCUUCCAUAAGCAUAAAAAUAAGUUCGUGGUAGGAUGUAGUUCCGGAAUUACAGACAAUUUGCCUCUUGAAAAAUUAUGCAUAGAUACAAAUUUAAUCACGAUUUGUACAUUUUCUUUAGGGUUCCCAUGCAUACAUGUAUUGUCAUUGCCAACAAUAUCAAAUAUAUACAGUAUUUGAUCAUAGAUAUGUUUACUUUAAAAUCCUGCUAUAUUAAUUUCAAGCUAUAUUUUGUCCAGGAUUUUGUUUUCAUCACAGCUAACCAGAUGAAAAACUCACAAAUAGAAAAUGGCAGUGAGUCCAUUCUCUCAGUUGGGUUUCUCAGUAGAUAUUCUUCAAGAAAUACAUCUUAACAUUAGAGGUACAACAUAACCACUGAUAUCAUGUUAGAGGUACAACAUAACCACGGAUAUCAUGUUAGCUUGACCCAUGAAUUUGGACAAACCCCCUUUUACAGCCAGAUAAUUUUACAUGUUGUUGUAACAAAAGUCAGAAUUUAACAAAAGUCAGAAUUUUUACUCUGCUUUUUGUAAAGUGCUUUUUUGAUGUCAAUGUUAUUCAAUUUAAUUAGCUCAAUAUGAGUUUUCCCUUUUCUUUCUUUCUUUCUUUCUUUCUUUCUUUCUUUCUUUCUUUCCUUCCUUCCUUCCUUCCUUCCUUCCUUCCUUCCU